UUGAGCCGCCCACUCUGCUCCCUCUGCAGCUCCACACUGUCGGGAUGUGACCCCGGAACAGGACGCUUCCUUAGAAACAACUCCACAUUCAAAUAAAACACAGGCGAAAGAAACAGAGGAAAAACCCUGGACCAGGAGAGCGGUGCUUCAGGAGCAGGGGGGAUGAACCGUGAGGAGGCCCCUGGAAAGUCUCCUGAGGAGAUGUACAUUCAGCAGAAGGUGCGGGUGCUCCUCAUGUUGAAGAAGAUGGGAUCAAACCUGACACCAAAUGAGGAAGCGUUCCUGCGGAACUAUGCAGGCGUGGUGCACAGUCAGAUGAGCCAGCUCCCACAGCACAACAUCGAUCAGGGUGCAGAGGACGUGGUGAUGGCCUUCUCCAGAUCAGAGACGGAGGACAGAAGGCAGUGACCUCUCGCCCUGCAGUGGCUCCUCACUACAUCUGAACCCACCACAACACUGUUGACUGACGGAGAGGGAAGGACUGAGAGUGAGAUGGGAGAGGAGCAGGUCUAUAAAGCUCACUGCCUGCCCUACUCCCCCCCUCUCUUCCUCACUCCCCUCCUCUUCCUCACACUAACCGUCACACUAGCAGCCGAGAGCCAGCGGUCGUAUGCCUCGCUGUCAGACGAGGUCAUGAAAAAUGAGUCGGUGUGACUUUUCGUUUUUAGUUUUAAAUUUUUUCCCCCCUGUUUUGGUCAGCAUCAUGCUUCAGGCAGUUUGUGUGUUGUGUGUCUGUCCUGGUCAGAGACUGAACGGACCAAGAGCUUCAUUUGUCUGGUCAAACCAAGAAGAAAAGUUUGUAUGAGUUAGGAUAAAUGGACUUUUGGGUUCCUGUUUUUUGGGGAUGGUGUUUGUUUUGUUUCUUGUUGCUAUCAUGUUUGGGCUUAUUCAGGUGGAGAUUGUGGAGAGCUGACUGUUUUUGUUUCUUUUCUUUUUUUUUCUUCUUUUUUUUCCAACUUCCAACUGGAUUGUAAUCCUCACAUCAUAAUCUCAUCACAUUAAAUGUGCAAGAUGUUGAGGAAGCCACUGCACUACAUCAUAAAGGACGUGGAGUGAAUUACCUGACUCAUUCAGUAGUUUUUUGUUCUUUUUUUAUUUUUAUUUUUUUGAAUGUUUGUAUUAAUGUGAAAUUUCACAACUUUUUUUUUUAAUUGUAAAGACAAUGCGGAAAAAAUACUAGUGAAUGAAUUGUGCCAACUUUUUCUUUUAUUGUAAAAUAAUUUGAAAAGAUAUCUAAUGAAUGUCUUGAGUCCUUAUUUAUUUUUCUGAUUUUAAUCUUAAAACUGAAAGGUGAACAACAUCCCCUUAGAGACACGUUUUCAGCAAAAGGACGUUUUUACAUAAAUUGCUGUAGAUUAGGACUUAGUACUAAACAGAGAACAAAACAGUUUCAGCCUUAUGCUUUAUAACCAACUGCUCUAUAGCAGACUUUGUGUCUUUGCCAAUAUAUAGUGUUUCUAGUCCUCUGAGUAUUGGCAGUCAAAGUGAAAAGGGAAUCUUUCUAACAAAGAACCAUUAACUGCCCAGACAUACCUUUUAUUUUUUACUUUUAACUGGAAUGUUUAAUUAUUGAAUUUUGAGUAUUUUAGGUUUUUUUUUUUUUUUUUUGAACACCUGACAUCAUGCGGAGUAAUUAAUGUGCAUUCAUGUAUUUUGUUAACUUAACCGUAACUUAGUGUUUUGAAAUGACGCAUGCCUGCCUUGUGGUGUAUGGUGUACCGUUUAAGUAGAUCUCUGAAGGUCUUAAAAACCUUACCACAGUGAACUUUACUGAACAUUUUUAAUAUCUGUGGAAGUUUCUUUCAGAAAUUCUGCAUAAUGUCAGUUGUCAUCUUUUGGUAUCUUGUCAGUAGGGAUGUAAUAAUGCAUUGAGCCCACAAUUCGAUUCAGUCUAUGAUAUGAUGUUUCAGCUUUCUCAUGAUAUUUUGGACAAAUGAGUAAAGAACAGGUGGUAGUCAUGCUGUUGCACAACUUACUGACAACAACAGAGCUGGGAGGCAGGAGGAGUGCUGGAGUGAAGUGUUGAUUGGUACAGAUCAUUUGUAAACUGAGUUUAAACAAUACAGUUUAAUUCAAACAUGGCAAAUGCAUAAAAUGUCCAUUCCCUACAAUGCACAUUGUCUCAGUUUUGCAUUGCGAUAUCACAAUGCAUUGUUACACCCCUACCUGGUGGCAAUAAGUCUUUAACUGAACUUCCUCAGUGGUCAUGGCCCUCUUCUACUUUUAUCAACAGCUGUAUCUCCACUUCCAAGCACGUCAGUACAACUAUGUUUACUGUUGUUUUAAAACCAUAUUAAAAACCUGACUUGUCUAUGCAUUUUUGUUCUUAGAGGAUAAAAUGUGUAUUUGGGGGGGAAAUCUGCAUCACAAAUGUCUAUGUAGACUCAUCUUGAUGGUUGGAUCCGUGAUAAAAGCAAGGCGUGAACCACCAUAUGUGAGAGUUGCUAACAAAUUUUGGUCAAAAAUACUAAACUUUCAGUUGCCUACAAUAAUGUCUUACUGCAGUCAUGCAAGACGAGUUUUGCCUACAUCUUUAGUCUGUUUACAUUACGAAUGUCCAUGUGUCUAUUAAACUUUGUGAUGGUAUGUUAUAUUGAUGGCAUUUGAGUUUGUUUUUUUUUUUUUCUUCUUCUUUUUCUUCAAUGUAGAUGCUUCCAUGUUCUUCGACCUAAUGCUUCCAAAACCUGAACCAUUAAAAGGGGUCUAAGCCUA